AUGGACCACCCGGUAGCAUCCUCGCAGUUGACGGAAAGCCUUGUUAAGCGGCUUGCAGGGCCUUCAACAGGCAAAGCUGGGCUUGCCAAGGACCAGACAGAGAUAAACCGCAUCAUUGCCGAAGCGUCGAAGGGAUCGAAGUUCUAUGAGAACGAGAAGAGGAAGGACAAAGACCUGACGGAACGGAUUGCACGAAUCCUGAAGCUCAGAGACGAGGCAAUUGAGGGUGUUGAUUUGACCAAGAUUGAACAUCAUGUUGAUAAACUCAUAGUAGACUUAGAGAACGGACGAGACUUAUCGCAAGUCAUAGUCCAUUUCGACAUGGACGCCUUCUUUGCCAACGUAGAAUUGCUGCACAACCCCACCUUGAAAGGGAAGCCUUUUUCGGUGGGAGGGGGCGUCAUCAGUACGGCCUCUUAUGAAGCUAGAAAAUACGGCGUGCGAUCGGGAAUGCCGAGUUUCAUUGCCAAGAAGUUGUGCCCCGAGCUUAUUCUAUUGAGAUCACAUUAUGAAUGGUACAAUGAAGAAUCGAACAAGGUGUUCACGAUCCUACGGCGUUAUGAUCCUCGUCUUAGCGCUGCAGGAUGUGACGAAGGCUAUCUAAAUAUUACUCCGUACCUUCAAAAGCACAACCUUAAUCCGGAUGAGUGCGUGGAGGAAAUAAGGAGAACGGUGCAUGCCGAAACCAAUCUGACUGUUAGUGCUGGGAUCGCGCCUAAUAUGAAUAAACCCAACGGCCAAUACCACCUUGCGUUCGACAGCAAGACCAUCAUUGACUUCAUGGGCGGCUUGUCCAUACGUAAAGUGCCCGGUAUUGGGCGAGUUAACGAGCGACUAUUGGAGUCUGUAGGAGUCAAGACUUGUGGCGAUAUAUAUACGCACCGCGCUGUCUUGUACCUAAUGGACAAACAGUUUGGACUACGUUUCCUUCUCAGGACAUACCUUGGUAUCGCUAGCAACGAAGUCAAGCCAUACGAGCGCAAUGAAAGGAAGAGUAUAGGAGCUGAGAGGACAUUCUCCCCAUUGUCGACGACGAAAGAUAUGCUUGACAAACUUGAAGAAGUAGCUGCAGAGCUAGAGGGCGAUAUGGAAUCCAGUGGCUGGAUGGGUAGGACAGUUACGCUCAAGUUCAAGCUCGAUACCUUUCAAGUCUUAACUAGAGCAAAGUCAUUGAACCAUUGGGUUAACAAGAAGGAGGAGCUUUUUGCAGUGGGGAAAGAAUUGCUCUUCCCAGAGCUCCCCAUCAGUAUCCGUCUAAUUGGGCUCAGAGUCACCAAACUCAAAGAUUUGAAAGCAUCGACCUCAGAAGGGAUCAAACGCUUCUUUGGACUCGCUCAGCAAGCAACGUCUGGCAGUAAGAGGAAGGCAUACGACAUUGACGAAGAUGAAGCAGACAACGCAUCGGUUGACCAAGAACACGAUAACGACGAUGACGUUAUGCCAGGAUUCCAUGAGCAAGAUGAGGCUGAUAUUGACCCCUCUCAGCACGAUGUCGAUGAUGACGAAGAGCUGCAAAUUAUUCAACCUCUAGCCCAUACUAGGAAGCGGCCGCCAAACUCUGUUCCAGGUAUAUCGAUGUCACAUCCGCCAGCCCUCCGAAGUAGGUCCAAGAGCGCUGGUCCCAGUCGUAGUCAUGGCGCGGCGAUAGCAGCUCCGUCAACAACAAUCUCAACUCCGCCAGAAACGCACACCUGUCCCAUCUGCAAUGAAGUCCUCACCACCAACAACACCGGCCUGAAUGCGCACAUCGAUUAUUGUCUGAGCCGUGAUGCGAUUAAACAAGCCCAAGGGACGUCGACGAAAGCCAAUAAAGUUUUGAGUUCGGGAGAUACAACCAAAGAAUAUGCUAUGAAUGGAUUAAAGAGGCUGAAACUGCGUCCCGAUGCGCCCGUCAAAAGUAAGCGCAAGGGUUAA